AUGGCCAUACAAUCUUAUGUACGUGUCGGAGUUGUGGCGUUGAGGACCGAAGUUACCAGGCUCAGAGAACUGCUGCGCAAUAAGGAUCUGUGCGUCCAACAACACAUUGCGGAGCGGAUGGCGCGGAACAUGAAUGAAAAUCCGUCUGACAACGUUGUGUCUUUGUGGCGACACGAGGCAAAAAGAGCGUACCGUCUGAAGGCGACGCUCGCAAAAGAGAAGGCAGCAGCGCUAGAGGCCCAGGCAACUGAAUGGGAGAGCCGUCUUGCCUCAGGUGCCCUGAUGCGAGAGGAUCCCGACGAAGGGCCUUCCGUUCGGAGACGAGCAUCUAAGAGAACAUCCGAUACAAGGGCCUGGACAGGUGGACGAGCCGGUAGCCGUGGUCAAUGGCGAAAGGCGCAUUUAACAGGCCGUCAUCGGAGCCCUUUUAUUCCCAGAGGUCCACCACUGAAGAGUGCUCCUCACAUCGUUCAUCCGGGGGACACACUAAGGGGAACAGUGCUUGGUAGCACGGUCGAGCUGCCAAAACUGGGCGAAGUGCCGUAUGCCCAGCUAGCGAUUGAUAAGUUGAGAAUGGAGGCCACGCAGUUAUAUGCAAAAUGGAAGGACAAAGAUGAGUAUGUAAAGUGUAGGAUUGCGUCACACAUGCAUGAGGGGAACAAUCGAUCUCCGCGGGAGGAAGAUGUCCGACAAUGGAUCGUCUCGGCGAAACAUACAUACUGUCGCCAUGGACGAGUGCGUAUUCAAGAAGCUGCUGUUCUGCAGGAGCUUGCUGACAAUCUAGAAAGGAGGGCUGAAGCAGAGGGCCUCAUGGUACGAAGCUCCCAGGAAUCGCCAGCGCAUGGAUCAGAAUCUGCUGGUGGUCUGCAAGCUGCAGAAUCUGAACGCGUCUCAGGCGGACCUUCGCACACGCCGGUACCUGCAAGGUCUGAAAUGACGUUCGCGCACCUUGCCAUCCAGAACUUACAGAAGGAAGCACAGAACAUAGAGGCCUCGUGGCUCCGUGACGAGGCUCUUUUUAUUGCCGAGCGUGUCGCCUAUCGCAUGGCUCGCGCAAACGAUCCAUCACCAUCCCCCGCCGUAUUGCUUCAGUGGCAGUAUAGGGAUAAGUCAUAUUUCCAGACUCAGUGCACAGCACACCUACAAAAGGCCCGUGACCUGAGACGUCAAGCGGACGCCCUGGAAGUGGAACUCGAAAGCUUGCUCUCGUCGCCAUCAGGACAUGCACCAGAUCCGUCGCUUGGAACUGAAUCGACGGGGAAACGACAACGGAAACGGAAGCAUCUGUCUCAGAGCAGUGCCGAGAGCUCCGGAAGACACCCGUUACACGGCGCUGCUACGGCUACUCCGACGUCACUGUGGCUGACUCCAGUCUCAGGCUUUCCCCUGCGGGCGCCUCGACGAUGCUCCAAGCGGCGACGAGUCGCCUCCGGGCCAGGCUCUGCGUCACCCGCAUCUCUACAGCUCCACCCGACUGAGGCAGCCUCCGAAAAAGCGUCUGGCCAUUCGCUACCAACGCCAGUCCCUGCGACACGGAGUACUGGCGUUCCGCUGCCACCAGCGGCACUGGCACUGUCCACCACCACACCCUUACACCCUGCCGGAUCAGGGAGUAGCGCUGGUGUGCCCGCAGCGCCCCAGCCCAAAAAGAGCCGACUCCUCGAUUUUGUGUCUGCUCGAGCCGCCGCACACCAACUAGCGCCCCAGAUGCACACCCCGCCACCUGGGCAAAUUUCAGGAACGUCAACACAGAUCCCAUCCGAGCAUCUGCCGCUGGGACCGCGAGAGGCGUCAGGCCCGUCACUGACAUCAUUUCUGUCAACGGGACACGCCACACCGUUUGGCCCGGUUUCUGAGAUCAUUCCACCUAGGUGUCUGCCACUCAAAAAACGCCCACUCCGGGAACCGGCAGCAACCAUCCAGAGUCCGACUGCCGACGUUGCCACCAGCGGGCCGCGCCGUGUCUCCUCGGAUUCGCUUACGGUAUCAAGCACUUCGCCUGGAUCUCAUUCUCAAGCACCGGCUUCUACGGAUUCACCGGCACCGACGUCGGCGCCACAUGGUGUGCGCGGUGUAGGGCCGCAUAUACGACGUGGCGCGCCAGAACCUCGGUGAUGGCUCGUAUU